AUGGUACGUGUGCUGUGCCUGGAGAUUGCUAAAGAGCUGCUGCUGUUGCUGCUGGACAGUGUAAGCCGGAGGAGGAGGAGAGAGGUGGAGCUGCUGCUGGUAGUGGUGGAGUCCAUAAAAGGAGCGCUGCUGCUGGAGCGAGGAAGAAUCAUACAAGCAAGCAUCGUGCUCGUGAUCCUGGGCCGCCGGCCCAUUGCGCGCUUCUCUCCUUUCUCUCGCGACUCUCUCGGCCGACACGACUGGACGACUCAGCAGCACUGCAUCGAUCGAGAUCUCUCUCUCUCGAGGAGAGAGAGCAAAGAGAGAAAAAGAACGAUAGAACAGAAAAAGAGGAGCGAGACUCUCUCUCGUGUGCACAGCUUCCUCGUAGGAAAAGAAGCGCUCAAGGGGAGCACUGGCCGACACGCACGACACCGCUACUCCCACACCAACACAUUGGCACUGGAAGAUGAAAGGAACGCUCGCUCGCUUCGCUCACUCUUAAGAACACGAGAACACACAGCACUGAUGAUGAUGAACGAAGCAAAGCCAAAAAAAAAAGCGAGGAAGAAGGCGAAGAAGAACGAGGACGAAGACGUGAUUUGCGUCGUUGAAUACGUAUUGCUUUGUAAGGCGGCACUGCAAAUAAAUAGUAUUUGUAUUCAUUCAUUCAUUCAUGUUGGCUUUAAAGCGCGCUGUGUUUGUAUACACAUUAAUGGAUUUGCUCCCUGCCUGGCGAUGGCUGCUGUGGCUGUGCUGUGGCUUCGAUCGACCAAUUUCCAUCCGAACCUUGUCCAAUUCCCUCUGGAUUUUAAGGGCGAGAAGGCUGCCGCUGUUGCUGCGCGAAUUCAUUGCGAAAAAUGCUCCUUGUCUCUUGUCAACUUGUCACCGCAGCAAGACAUUUUUGGGCGCGGGAAGCUCAACGCGAGGCACGCCAAACGGACAAAAGCCCACAUUGAUUCGCCCAUUUGGGUCGUAUUGGGUUGUCUUAAUUUCUCAAAUGGAGGCAGGCACGAUGGCGAUCGAUCGAUGGGAAGCUAG